AUGGGGAUCAACAUUGCUUCGAAAAUCAGUCCCUCUGACAAACUCAACGCUCCUAGAUCACUAACAGCCACGUAUAUCAGCCGUCUCGCUCGCAGAGGAGGAGUCAUACGUAUGAAGCAAGAGAUCUAUGAUGAAGUUCGGACGGUUGUGAGAAGUAGGCUAGAGGUUGUUCUCAAACAAGUGGUUCUCAUCUUGGAUUCAUCAACCACCCACAAGCGCAAUCGAAAGGUCGUGACAUCUCGAGAUUAG